UGACUUGAUGCCUCAUGAUCUUGCAAGGGGAGCUUUAGAGGGGCUUGUGGCACAUACAAAAAUUCCAAAAGAUGCUGUUGAUUAUAUAUGCUUUGGAACCGUAAUUCAGGAAGUUAAGACAAGCAAUGUUGCCAGAGAGGCUGCAUUGGGGGCAGGUUUCUCAGACAAGAUUCCAGCACACACUGUAACAAUGGCAUGCAUAUCUUCCAACCAAGCCAUAACAUCAGGUAUGUAGGCAUUAUUAUACAAAAUAUCU